AUGACCUCACUACAGGACAUAGUAGCUGCAGUGGCGUCUGCUCAUGAUCGGUCUGCUGCUCUGCCAUACAACAAGAAACCAGGACACAGUAGAGGAGAUGGGGACCGGUACGAGGAGUGCAUGCUGGCCCUCGUCUUCCUCCGCUGCCUAAGGAGUCAGCUGAUCUUCCAGUUGUCUGCCAACAACAACGAUGCAGACAAGUUCGACGACGUGGUGUUGGCGUGGCGACCCGAGGAAGACGCCGAGGAACACACCCUGCUCGUCCAGCUCAAGCACAAGACCUCCUCCAGGCAACUGACCCUAGAAAGUGACGUGUGGCUCUCCAAGGACACCGACUUCAGCAUCAGCAAGUACUGCACCUCGUACGGAAAAAUUUGCAAGUCACUGGUGAUGGACAGAGUCACACUAGUUUUUCUGACCAACGCCCGUCUGGGCGAAAGUAGCCUCAGCUUGUUCGAGCGCCAGCUGGUGGACACCGUCAAAGGGCUAGAGUUGCUUAAAGCUGGUGGCGACCUGUACAAACUCGACUCGAACAACGAGCAAGUAAGGAAGGCAGUGCGUGGGAACAUGAGUUUUGUGCAGCAUUUCUACUUAUUGUGCCACCAGAAGAAUUCUGUGGAGAUUGUGGAAGACAUUUGCAGUGAGCUGGAUAAGUUGCUCGGCGCCGGUAACCUUUGUGAGUCCAUAUGUGAAAGUUUGUGCAAGAGUCUUAGGGAGUGGAUGAACGAGGCGAGUGUGUGUCUGACGAGUAGCUGGAGCAAGUGGCAGGCAAUUGUAGGCGAUUACAUCAGGAAAGAGGUGACUCGGUGCAGAGUGGUGACCACUAGACUCGAGUACUGCUGCGUGGGAGAUAUUCGGAGAUACGUGGAGUCCUGUAAUCCGGCGUGGGUGAUUAUAGAUGAGGAUAGCGAAGAGAGCUCUGAAAUUUUGCAUGAGCUUGUGGCCCAAAUACAAACUGAACGACGUCUCAUUAUUGUGUCAUCAAGGGAGACUAACGGCUAUGUCGACACUUUCGAAUCAGCAGACAUCAGUGACGACAGCUGGAACAAGUGGAUGGACACUGACAUCAGACUGAAUGGGGACCACUACGAAUGCCACUUGCGGGACCUGGUGGCAAGUGUCAGCGCCCUGAAGUCUGUGCUGGACGACGAGCCGGCACUGUUGUUGGCUCUGGCACAGCUGUCGCAGCCUCUGAGGAUGGGCCCAGAGCUCGAACCGCUCCCUGCGUAUUACAUUCCCAGAAAGCUUGUGGAUCCUCGAAUCGAGCUGGCCGACUUCGUCUCGUCUCUGGGGUCCAGGGAUGUGUGCAUCACCAACAGUGCGUGCUAUGAGUUGCUAGAAAGUAAAAUUGGCAGACAUUCACUCACGAGUUUUGAAGAGGUAGUGAGAUGGAUCCUCAAUAAAUCCGAAUUCGACUGGCCCCUGUUUGUAUUGACUGACAACCUGGAGAGUAUCCCAGAAAACAUCCGAAGGUUGGCAGUUUUUAAUUUCUACAUAUUACUGAUUUCCGAAGACAGUUGUAAGAUUCGUCACUUUUCUGGGCGGAGUUGUAGGGUUCUAGAGUAUCCAAGAGAGCAGAGAAAAGAGCAACUCGAGGUACUGGACACUGCCAGUAACAUAGUAAUUGUGGAAGGGAAACCUGGAGUGGGCAAGUCGAAGAUGCUGUCACACGUGGCGAAGCAAAUAAAAGAAAGGGACCCUGCCUGCUGGCUAUUGAGAGUUAACCUGUUGGAGUUUGACACGGUUUUAGAUCACAGUUGCAGUGGGAUAACUGGUGUGAGAGACAUCUUGUUCCAGACAGUCUUCAACGACGACCAGCUGGGCAGACUGGAGUAUGCACUGCUCCGCCACAGCCUGUCGCACUCCCCGCGAGUCGUCUGUCUCGUGGAUGGCUUCGAUGAGGUCUGCCCGGAUUACGUCACCGAGUGUCUCGAGAUACUGAAUCUGCUGGCGCCACGCCAGGGCAAGCUCCUGGUGACAACGAGGCCAGCACCGUUGAAGCUCUUGGAGGCACGAUUGGGUGUGCCAGCAUAUUCAUUGGACCCUUUCACUGACUCAGAGCUAGAGGAUUUCUUCAGACACCACCCCUCAAGGGGAAGAAUCCCACCCAUCAAUGGUCUCAACAGUAAUUUAAGGGAUCUUCUGAAAAUUCCUCUGUUUGCUGAAAUGUUUGUGAAUGUGUCACAGGAGGUGCCUGACACAUACGACAUUGUGACUCUGUACGAAGCUUUCUUCAAAAAUGAAUUCAGGAGGUAUUACAAGGAGAAGUGGGGUCACAACUUAUCCACCCCUGGAAGGAAAAUAGAGCUCGAGAAGGCGCAGAAGAAGCACGAGAAACACUUGAUGCUCCUUGCAACAUCAAUUCUGUUACGCAGUACAGAUAUACCGGCAAGGCCAUUAGUGGAUAUGGACUACUUCGUGAAAGCUGGAAUCGUGUACAAGUUUGCCAAUAGGAAACCCACAUUUCUGCACAGGACGUUCGCCGAACACUUCCUCGCCAAGUGGUGCUUCGUCAGAGAAGGGGAACGGCGUCGUGCAGCAGUGUACCGUGAGGCCUACCUGGACAGGACACUGGAAUUCUUUCUGGAGGCCUUCAACCGCAGGGCAGCGAGGGAUCGGCCACUGCUGGAGGCACUGUUGGGCGGUGACAAGGAUAGGUUGCAGGCUGUAAUGGCGGAGGGUGCCGACCCGAGGCAGAGAGAUGCGUGUGGCCGCAACGCACUUCACCUGGCGGCAGCCCUCGACGAGCAGCGCUCGCUGCCUCUGCUGCGGCGGCUGUGCAGGUAUGUGGGGGAGGGCAUGCUGUCGGUAGAGGACGGCCUGCUCGGGUGGACGCCGAUGAGGUACGCCGCAGAGGGCAGACACUGGAUCGCUGUGAAGAAGCUGCUGGAGGCGGGUGACGACCUCAGACAUCUGGGGGACUUCCAUGCGGGGCUACACGACCCUGCACAGUUAUGUGAUGUGUUCAGAAGGUCUGGAUACCAGGCCCUGUACCAGCACAUCAUCAAACAGCCAGUAGAGAAAGCAGCACAACAAAUGGAGUUUGCUGUAUCCUUGAUCUCUGCAAAUAUGCCAAGAGAGGCGCUGAGUCACAUCGCCGGGAAGGCCUGGGAGAAAGGACACACGCUAGUUUGGCAUUUACUGUUGCGGGCAUACGGCACGACAGUUGAAGAAGAAAUGGGACGUUGGAUGAAGUUGGCAAAACUUUUGGCCAAAGAUGUUCGUUCAUACCGUCUGAGAAACCAUCUGAUUGGUGGCCAGCUGCAGGAUGUGCCUGCAGAGAGAAACUGCAGCAACUGGAGCCCAAAUAGCCCAAGUAGUUCUCCAGAGGUUCCAGACGAGAAUGACGCUGCCCGGGCAGAGGCUGAAAUGGUACCGGCAGUGGUGAGGUCUCCAGCAGUCGCCAGUCGCAGUGGGUGGACACAGGGGCAGCACAACGGUGACACGUACUCACUACUACAUUACGCUGCAGCAUUUGGCAGUUCACGUAAACUACGCACACUUAUAAAUUCAGGAGCAGAUCUGGACGAGAGGGACGUGUUUGGCUGUACAGCAGUCCACUACGCUGCUGCCGCCGGGAAUACACAGUGCCUCUCGCUGCUUGCAGAGGCGGGCGCGGACGUGUGGGCGAAAUGUUACGGCGGGUGGACGGCCCUGCACUUGGCAGCACGGAGAGGCCACGAGGACACCGUGAGGCUGCUUCUGGGUUUUCUCCGGAACCAGUCUCACGCUCUCCUUGUGGCGCAUGUCAACGGGAAGAACUCGGACGGGGUUUCCCCACUGACCUGUGCUCUGAAGAGCCGCAGCGCCACGUGUGUCAGACUGCUGCUCGAUGCCGGUGCGGUGCGCGAGUAGUGGCGUUGUCCCUCUACUCGCUACAGUUAGUGACGAUGGGACUACCAACUGGUCUUAACACCCAAUAGGUCUAGUCGGUUUCUUCAGUGGAAUGAAAGACUCGAAUGGAAUUAGUCACUGCGGCCACGUCAGUUGUUUGAAUGCGCUUCACUCACUCUCCGUGCUUGACUCGACCGACUCACACAAGUCUCUGCUUGUUAUGUCAGUUAUAUGAAUGUUCCAGUUAGCCUCCACUGUGAUUUUCAUAUUUGUUCAUCCUGUUUGGGUAUAGGUCGACGAGGGCCAUAUUCCCCACAUUUUAAGACAGAAAUAACGUAUCUAAUUUCAAAGAGGUACA